AUUUCGAACAAAAAUAAUUUUCUUAGAAUACCAACAAAAUAGAUUUUUUAUUCUAUUCCAAACAAGACUGGCCCUAUAAAAUACAUAGAAUAAUAUGAGGUGACUUGAAACUAUCCUUCAAAAGUCGGAAGUCUACUUAUGACACAUGGUUGUUUUAAUGCUUAAUGUUGUGCGACCUACACAACUUUCAGAAUGUUGCGAGCGGUAUACCCUUACCCUGGUCCUUUUCCAGGAACUUUGAAGUUCGCUAAGAAUGAGAUUUUCUUAGAUAUUCGUGAAGUAAAUCAAGACUGGCGUUUGGUGUGUAAGACAGAUGGGACUUUAGGUUGCGUCCCAUCAAAUUUCGUCGAAAAAUACGAGACUGAGGAUCAAAACAUCAAAGUUGACUUUGCUAAAAGAGCAUUAGCUAACUUGACUGAUAGAACGGUAGAAAUUGUUGGGGGGAAGGAGGAUUUGCUUGAACGUUUGUUGCAGAUAAAAGGAGAAAAAGACUUGGAUACACCUGGUGAUGUGAAACCACCUGGAAACUUUUCUGAGCUAAGGAUAACUGAUCCUAAACAACGUAUAACUCAAGCGGCAAUAGCCAAGUCUGAAGGAAAUAUUAUUUUGCCAAAGAAUUUCGAAUACCGCCUACUGGACACAAUAAGACUAGCAACAAAUUGUUCUUAUUCAGAUUGUGGAUUUGUGUAUUCAGCAUUGAUGGGUAUGCUAUCCUGUGUAAUACCAGGUUUGAAAGAAAAUCUCCAAGCCGAUAAGAAGUCAACUGAUGUAGAAAAAACAGAAGAGGAGUACUCACAAAGUCCAGAUUGGUGUUUACUUAACAUUAAAUUUCGUUUCUUUGAAUCACGUCAAAGUAACGAUCAAGAAUGUAAUUGGCGGUUACAUGAUGAUCAAUAUGAUAUUCUUGAACGGUUGAAUGAAUUGAUAACCUUACUGGAAAGAUCUGAUCAUCAAUUGGUUAUCUGCUAUCUUCGUGUAUCUGAAUACCGAUCAGUUCGUGCUCUAAUCGGUUUAUAUCAACGUGAAACAAAUCAAGAAAUACGCGCUAAAUUGCUCAGAUGUAUUGGAAUAUGUUGUUCUUUAGAUUCUGCUUGUAUUCAUAUCUGUCUUGAAUCAGUUCUUCCUAAUGAACUCAUUCGAGAAAUACGAUGCACAACACAACAGGAAAUUCCACAACUUGCUUUAAGAUUACGAUUUUUGUCCAUAUUGAUCGCUCGUUCACCAAGCCUUCCUGUGGAUUUAUAUACAUCUCUAGAUCGAGAACUUUUCUGUCAUUUGAUGAAAUUAUGCGAUUCAACGAGUUCAACCAGUUCAAAUCUAAUCGAUUUAGAAAAUUUUACUGAUCAUCGUGAACUCUCAAUUACAAGCAAUAAUAAUAAUGCUGAUGCUAAUGGUGAUAGUGGUAAUAAUAAUAAUAAUAAGAAAAAUAACAGCAUCUCUAAUGAACAAAGUCGCCAGUGUGAAAUGUUUUCAUAUACUGUAACAGUAUUUUUCUUAGCGUGUAAUUGGCAUUUUAACACUUCAGUCUACACAAUCAAUUCUCCGUGUAAAAAUGAUCUCGCUGAUUCUGUCUGUGUUAAAAGUCCUCUAUUGGAAGCCUUGCUCAGUGAAUCAAUAUCAUCUCGUCUAUUCCUUGAAAUUGUUAUUCAGACAUUCAAUCGUAAUUUCGACCCAACAUUUAUGGUGACUUUUCUUCCAAAGCAUAAAAAUGAUGACAGAGAAAGUUGUCUAAUCCAAUGGGUUAACUUUUGUCAGUCCAAUAUACAUGACGGUUGCACCAAUGAUACAUCUACUGCCACUACAGCUAAAGGUUUAGAGGAGUUUUUAAAAAUAUUUGAAGCUAAUUCACGCUCUGACAAUAAUACUCAUGAUGAUUUAGAAUAUAUUGAAAGUCUGUGGAAUUCUAAUCUAGGCUGUCGUCGUCAAAGGAGCUCUUUAGAGCUGACUGACAACAAGCCAGUACUGUCUGAUCAUCAUGUCAAUUCAAAAACUACGCCUACAAAUACUGUGAUCAAAUUUCUUUGUGAUUUAUUCUACUCUCCGGAUACUUCAGUGCUGAUCUAUCAUAAUGAUUUUGAAGUGAUUAUUGAAGUGAUAAAUCGACAAUUACGCGAUUUAGAACCUGAUUCUGAGGAUUUACCUCAUUUCCUGCAACUCUUGGGCAUCAUUCCUGAAAUGAGAGGAAUAAUCGAUUUUUUCUGGUAA